AUGAAGGACAAACCAAAAGCUGAAUUAGAAGAAUCACAUUAUUAUUUCCCUCGUGAAUUCAAAGGCUAUGGUGAAAGCCCCCCUAAUUUUAAUUGGCCACACAAUCCGAAGAUUAUCGUGAACUUCGUAGUAAAUUACGAAGAAGGUGCCGAAAUGACAAUAGAAAAUAAAGACUCUUCCUCGGAGCAAUAUAUCUGGGAACUACCUUAUGUUCCACAUCAUGGUGUUCGCUCAUAUGAUUGCGAGUCUGAUUUUGAGUAUGGAUCUCGAGUGGGCAUUUGGCGACUUUUAAGAGCCUUCAAGAAGUAUAAUUGGAAGUUUACGACCUUUGGCGUAGGAAAGGCUUUUGAGCUUAUGCCAGAAGUUGCACAGGCUUUAGAAAGUCAGGGUCAUGAGAUUUCUUCACACUGUUAUAGGUGGUAUGACUAUUCCAAGUUGUCUAUAGAGGAAGAAAAGGAUCUUAUCUAUAAAAAUAUGAAUUGCUUUAAAAGAAUUUUUGGACGCUAUCCUAAAGGUUGGUACUAUGCGAGAUUAUCUCAACAUUCAUACCGCUUAGUUUAUGAUGUGUAUCAGGAGCUUGGUGCAGAUUUACUAUGGAUGGGAGAUUCAUAUUGUGAUGACUUGCCUUAUUAUAAGCCUGUACCUAAAACAGAAGAUGCAUUGUUAAUGAUACCUUACUCUUACGACAAUAAUGAUGCAAGGUUCCAUAUGCCUACUGGAUGGUCUUCAAGUGAUGAUUUUUUCAUCCAUUUAAAGAAUUCUUUCGACUGUCUAUACGAGGAGGGCAAAGAUUUGGGUGUUCCGAAAAUGAUGACAGUUGCUUUACAUGCAAGAGUUAUCACAAAGCCUGGCAGAAUGCCAGCAUUGAUGAAAUUUAUGCAAUACGUCAAAGAAAGGGAAGACGAAGUAUGGGUUGCUACAAGGGAGGAAAUAGCAAACCACUUCAAAAAAGUUAAUCCUUACAAGUAG